AUGGUCCACGAAAUCUACCACAACUACCCCCCGCCAUUGACGCCUGAGCAGGAGGAGUACCUGGUGCAGACGGUCAAGAACUGGUCGAUAGAGCAUGCAUUGGCGGUCCGACCAUCGAGCGCUAUAGUGUCUGAAGAGGCAAACCCGAAUCAUGUACUGGCCACGAAUGCGCCCGUCACUCUGUUUCCCAGCCCCUUCUCCAAGUCGUGCUUCGACCAGGCCCGGAGUCUCCAGAAGACUUACAAUGAGUUAUAUGCGGCCAUUGCCAGCGACGAAGAAUGGCUUGAGAGAGUUAUGGAAGAACUGUUCGAGGUGGACGACUUCCUAGCGAAUCUCUGGAAAAUCCAUCUAGCCGUCAAAGAGGAAGGCUACGUCCAGAACAUGUCGCUGGGCCUGUUCCGCUCGGACUAUAUGUUAGACGCUCCAGACGACAGCCGAGGCCCGCCGUCCCUGAAGCAGGUUGAGUUCAACACCAUCUCGUCCUCCUUUGGCGGCCUCGCCUCCCUUGUCACCGAAAUGCACACCCACCUAGCGACUUACCCUUCCCAAGGCCAUCCCGUGGCAUACCCUCGGCACCCCCUCUUCGGCAAUUCGCCCGACAAACUACCCUCCAUUAAAUCCAUCGGCCAUCCUCCCCAUAACACGGCAGUGCCCACCUUAACCGCCGGCCUAGCGGCGGCCCACGAGGCGUACGGGUCAUCCAAAUCCCGUCCGUCGCUACCGACCUGCAUCCUCUUCCUGGUGCAGGACACGGAACGGAACAUAUUCGACCAACUCGCGCUCUCCACGCACCUGUACAAAGAACACAAGAUCCCAUCCUUUCGCCUGCCCACCAGCAAAAUCCUCGCACUGACCUCCAUCCCACGAACCGACACCAACCGAGCUCGACCGCUGAUCUACACGCCCCCAUCUUCCCCAUCGAUCCAGUACGAAGUGACGGUCGUCUACUUUCGCGCGUUGUACGCGCCUUCGGAAUACGACGGCCCGACCUCAUGGGCAGCGCGCCACCACCUCGAACGGAGCGCCGCCAUCAAAUGCCCCAGCAUCCUACUGCACCUGUCCGGCUCCAAAAAGGUCCAACAAGUCCUAACCUCGCGACCACCCGGUCCUGACCAUCUCAAGUUUUUCCUCCCCGACCACCCGACCGCGGCACUAGACAAACUCCGAUCCACAUUUGCACCCCAAUAUGCUCUAUCACCUACACCAGAAUCAUCCGAUUCAGCGAAUCCAGACACAAAUACAGAGACAAAGACAGACACAGACACAGACACAGACACAGACACAGACACCAAGACAGAUACCGAGCAUGAAGACAUCGAGUCCGAAGGCAUCCGUCUAGCCCUGUCCGAAACCACCGCGGCCAACCACGUGCUCAAGCCCCAGCGCGAAGGCGGCGGCAACAACAUCUACCGCACCAACAUCCCACCCUUCCUCAACUCGAUCCCCCGCUCCCAAUGGAAGCAGUACAUUCUGAUGGAGCUGAUCCGGCCCCCGCCAGCAGCCAAGAACACCGUCCUCCGCAGCGACGGCCACGUGGUGCACGGCAACGUCGUUUCCGAGCUCGGCAUCUUUGGCACCUGUCUCUGGAGGAACACGCCGAUACACGGAGCCUCAGGCUCAGGCUCGGGUUCCAAAAGACCCAAGAUCCUGCACAACACCGAAGGGGGUUUCUUGCUGCGCACCAAGGGCAAGGAGAACGACGAGGGAGGGGUCGCGGCCGGAUUCAGUUCGUUGGACAGUUUGAUUCUGUAUGAGGAAUCUUGA